AUGGCAGACAUCAACGAGGUGCUGGGGAAAUGGUACGAAGAAUUCCAGCAAAUCCCCGCAGAGGUCCAUCUCCUCUGCCCGCGCAUCAGUGAUGAAGACGACGAGAACUACAAGAACCUUGAUGAUCCCGACUCCCGGAUUUCGACCGAAGAGAAGAAUUCCCGGAUCCAAAAGAGCAAGGAGCGCAUCGAGAUCACCUAUUGGAACAGUCUGAUCUUUGGCUUCGACAAAGAGGAAGCUGGUAAAUGGCUGCAAGAUUUCACUUUGCGGCUUGAGAACUGUCUCAAGUACUGCCCCGAAUGUGUCCUCAAUUGGCAUAUGAAGCGCAAGCACCAUCUGCAGAUGUUUUCAGAGCGAUGGAACGAAGAUGCCGUUGCACAAAUCCGAGACUUACUUACCAACCUCGACGUGAACCGAAUCGGUCAAAACCUGACCUGGGCGAAACAAUUUAUCGAGAAGAUUGAAGUAUCAGGCACGGUAUUCAAAAAGUCACAAUUCGGCGAACACCUCACCGAAGUUCACAUUGCCGUCUACGAGGCCCUAUGCUGCGUGCCAUAUUUGGCAAACACAGAGCAACGAGCCGUGUUCCACUACGUUUUCAUGCGCUUGCAGGGCAAGAGCUACCUCAAGCUCGGAACUAAGGAUCCGCUGCCUGGAAUGACUUUCUUCUUGUUUGACCAGAAGAAUGAUGACCGCCGUAGGUGGGCGGCAGAAAACUGGAAAAACAUUGAAAGCGCUGGCAUGACGGAAGAACAGUUCGAUUGGGCCGUGAAUGAUGGUCUGAUCAGCUCUGUGGACUAUAUCAGUAAAUGGGAUCCAUCCCAGGCUAGUGGCGAUAUCUAUCUCGAGAUUGAGCGCUUCUGGCAUGGUUUUGAGACUAUCCUCAGGACGCUCAACAAUGAGAUUAUUCUGAGCCGUCUCCGCAGCCUGGAAGCUCCGUCGGGGAACUUCAACAUCUACGACUUGCUAUUUCGACACAUUCAAUUCUGCCGGUCCGAAGGUGUGCUGGUCGUCACUAUCAAAGUUCUUAGUGGCUUGUUGAAGAAAUCACCGAAAGCGUUUUGGGACGUCGUUGGCGACGCUCGGCCCAAUGUCAUUGCAGAUCUGGUCUUUGGCAGCCCCGUCUACAAGACUCUUCUGCGGCAAUCCCUCGAAGACUGCUGGUCUGUUGUAGAUUCUGCGACCCAAUUCACACCGUUUCCUACUUCUUGGAUCCAGCCUUGGCUCCAGUCCCUCGGCCGCGACCGCAGAUACGAUGCUUGCGAGGUCUUGAUGCACACUCUCUUCGAAAUUUUGGCAAAGGACUCUAGCAUCGGCGAACCUGGCCAAGCUGCUUGUGUCCGCGCCGGCUUUGACGCGCUGACUUUUACCAUGAAAUCGUUUCUUGACCCAGAGACCCAAAUUGCAUCUGGGAGCACUCAUCUCUACGCCAGUGCUGCUUCGAGCCUUGUUGUUAAGCACCUCAGCCUCAUACUAUCAAACAUGAAAGCAUCUGGACGAAAUGGAGAGAUUGAAGGCUGGACUACGUUUAAAGUAGCCGAUGCCGCCAGGGAAAUGAUGAGUGCCGCCAUGAAGCUGGAUAUGAAGCUCCUCUCCGAAGAGUAUCAUGCCGUACAUGCUAACAAACCGCUGCAAACGGCCAUCAUCAGAGAUUCCAAGGCAUUCUGGGAAGGCGCCUUGGAGAUGUUUGAUACAUCAUCCGGCCAAGUCGCCGUCGCAAAGGAUAUUUUUGCAUCGCUGGCACCGCUUGUGCCUGUGGAGCAAAUCAGACCGCGCAAGACUGAUAAUAAACUGGAUGCGUCUGGCCAAACGUUUAACAAGGCUCUUGGUGAUACGGCAGAUGUACUUGCUAGGAUCUUCGGCCGGAUCUCCGAGCUUGAUGUUACUGACUUGAACGAGUUGUAUACCGAUCGAGUACCUUUCCAGGUCACCACUGCCUUGUCUGUGCAUGAAAACUCAGAUCUUGCAGAGGCCUCCGCCGAAGUUUUAAAGAGCUGGACUGGGGAGCUCUCCCGAAGCGGUGCCCUAGAGCAGAUGACACAGCAUCAUCCAGACCAGACGCUUGCCUCCAUUGUCUGGUCUUUGGAGCGCGUCCUUCGACCUCCCUAUCCAUGGGGCCCAAUCAAACCACUCCUGAAUAUGAGCAGAGAUGUUCUGAGAGGUCUCGCAGAUCCGUCGUCGGGAGUGCUCCGUGUCAGGACUCUGGACCCCAAGUCGGCCGCCACUGUUCUGCGGUGGUGGAAUGAGCAGUGGCGAUUUGUCUCCAAGGCAUGUCUCAAUAUUGAAGCAUGGUCUUUUUACAUCCCCAACAGCAUCAUGACCGAGUUCUGCCGAGAAAUCAUGGAGCUUGCUGAAGCUCUCAUUGCUGAGGAUGGUUUGCUUACCUCCGCGACGGCGCUUGGCCGAAGCGAAAAGGACAUGAUGGCCAGGAUUCUGGCCCCGGCAAAGGACAACUUUCGCGGAAUGGAAAACAUGAUUAGACUCAAGGAUCGGUGGCUCGUUGACGUUACCGUUCGCGUUCUUUGUAAGAUCCUCAAACGACUCCAGGAAAAUGCUCUCGAAAUCAACUCAGCCUCGCGGAAGCUCAUUACUGAUGCUUGUCUGCCAACGGCGACCCCAGGAAAAUACGUGCGAUCCACAAACUUGACCGAUCAACAGCGUGCAGAGCUUCUCCAAGCGCUGGGCCAAACGGAUGAAGAGAUUCAGGCCUAUCAGCAAGAGAUGAGUGCUCAGCAGCGUCAAGAGCGUGCGCUAACUGACAAGGCUAAGAAGCAAAGCAAGCUCGAUGCCUGGUCAAAAUCCGCACCUGCGACUGCUUCUGCGACUACUACGGCUACGUCCAGGGCUGCUUGGUCUAACCGAGAUGAUGUGUUGGAGCUGAGCAAAUCAGUCGAUAGCCCGCUCCUUAAACAGAUCGAAGCCCGGCAGGCUAGGGCCAAGGCGGCGGCCAAGGUUCCUGACCAAAAGGCAAUCUCAGCACUAAAGGAGAGCAGACAGAGGGAGAAGCUUGAAAAGGCUAGGCGAGAUGCGGAGGCUAUUGCGCGAGCCCGGGCCCUUCGUGGGGAGUUUGUCAAAGGCGAAGGCUCUGGCCUGCAGGGCCUUGGAAUCACUGGCAAAGAUCAUUCACGAAGCGAAAUCAUGGUCAACAGCUCUGAUGAAGAGUCCGAUGCUGGUAGUGACGAUUCGGAUGCCGACAAUCAGCUGGCUGCCUUGAGCACUGGAGGCGCAAAAUCCCUGACCGAUGCUGAAAAGCGUCGUCAACAGGCUCUGCGGGACAAGCUACGGCAGCCCGUCAAGAAGGUCAGGCAGCAGCGCUCCGUUAAAGAGAUGAGAGCUCGGCUGAUACCUCCCAUGGAUCGGCUUCAUAAUACUGUUCUCGCGUGGGAUAUUUUCCACGCUGGGAACGACCCCCCUAAUGGACCAAAAGCCUCGGAAGUUGCAACCAAAUACUCCGAUCCGCGGUCGUACCAGGAAACUUUCUUCCCCCUGCUGGCGUCUGAAGCCUGGCGUUCAUUUGUCACCUCCAAAGACGAGGUAACUGCGCAGCCGUUUGGCAUGAAAAUUGCUAGCCGCGCAAGUGUGGACAGCUAUCUUGAAGUGACCUUUACAAUGCCUAUCCUCCAGUAUCGGGAACGUGGUGUCUUCGAAGGCGACAUACUGCUUGUCUCUGAGGCGGAGACUCCUCUUGUAUUUGAGUCGGCCAAGCACUGUCUAGCCCGUGUCCAUCGUAUUACUUACAAAAAGGACACCGUUGAGGUAACAUAUCGCGUAGCGUCACGUAGUAACCCUCUCUCCCCCAUCCUGACUCCUGGUGCCACUGUGCAUGGCGUAAAAAUCACAAACAUGGCGACCAUAGAAAGAGAGUAUGCCGCCCUGGAGAGUUUGCAAUAUUAUGAUCUUAUGGAUGAGAUCCUAAAGGCAGAACCAUCGCCGAUCCUUCGCUACGGAGAAGAGCGCGUAUCCAACUACAUGGGAAACUGGGCAUUGAAUCAGGGACAAGCCCUCGCCGUACUUGGCGCACAAGAAAAUGAUGGUUUCACUUUGAUCCAGGGUCCCCCCGGUACGGGAAAAACCAAGACCAUCGUAGCCAUGGUUGGUGCGUUACUGUCUGAACAGCUCGCACAAGCUCCUGCUGCCGCAGUCGGGGUCCCUCUUGGCGUUCCCAUGAGGCCCGGUGGUGCUCCCGGAGGCAGUCAAGCCCGACCCAAGAAACUACUUGUUUGCGCUCCGAGUAACGCCGCUGUAGAUGAGUUGGUGCUUCGAUUGAAGAGCGGUAUCAAGACGACUAGUGGCAAAAGUAGAAAUAUCAACGUUCUUCGUUUGGGAAGAAGCGAGGCCAUCAAUGCCGCAGUCAAAGAUGUCACACUCGAUGAGCUGGUCAAGACUCGUCUUGAAGGUGAUACGACCAAAGAUAAAGCAAAGGCGGACAGAGACAAGCUUCACGAGGAGGCCGCUGAGUUGAAAGAACAGCUCGCGCAGCUCAGGCCACGACUGGAGGAGUCUCGCAACAACGACGAUCGAACAUUGCACAAUUCUCUGUCUAGACAGUUUGAUGAGCUGAAACGAAAGCAGAUGCAAAUCGGAAAACAGAUUGAUGCCAACAAGGACAGUGGCAACUCUAUAGCUCGUGAGAUGGAGCUGCGUCGCCGGCAGAUCCAGCAAGAGAUUCUCAACUCUGCUCACGUUCUCUGUGCUACUCUCAGCGGAAGCGGGCACGAGAUGUUCCGCAACCUUGAUGUCGAGUUUGAGACGGUCAUCAUCGACGAGGCAGCGCAGUGCGUGGAGCUGAGCGCCUUGAUUCCACUAAAGUACGGAUGCUGCAAAUGCAUUCUGGUUGGUGAUCCCAAGCAAUUGCCACCUACAGUCUUGUCGCAGUCUGCGGCUCGUUUUGGCUACGACCAGAGUUUGUUUGUGCGGAUGCAGCAGAACCAUCCAAAGUCUGUUCAUUUGCUCGACAUGCAAUACCGAAUGCACCCCGAGAUCAGCAACUUUCCUAGCAGAGAGUUCUACGAGUCUCAGCUCCAUGACGGCCAAGACAUGCUGCAGCUUCGCCAGGCUCCAUGGCAUAAAGACGCUCUGUUUGCGCCAUACCGAUUCUUCGACGUUGAGGGUGUGCAAGAAAAGGGCCGAAAGGGCCAAUCUCUUGUCAAUACAAGAGAGCUCGAAGUGGCUCUGCAAAUGUACGAACGGUUCAGCAGAGACUACAACGACUGCGACCUGACAAGAAAGAUUGGCAUCAUUACUCCUUAUAAGGCGCAACUCUACGAGCUGCGAUCUCGGUUCCAGGCUCGCUACGGCGAGAGCAUUACGGAUAUCAUUGAGUUCAAUACCACAGACGCUUUCCAAGGACGAGAAUGCGAAAUUAUUAUCUUCUCCUGUGUCCGAGCUAGUUCCACGGGCGGUAUUGGUUUCAUGACGGAUAUCCGCCGUAUGAAUGUCGGUUUGACGCGAGCCAAAUCGUCGCUGUGGAUCCUGGGUGAUUCACGAGCUCUCGUUCAGGGAGAGUUCUGGCGCAAAUUGAUCGAAGACGCACAAGAACGAGACCGCUAUACAAAGGGUGAUAUUCUCUCCAUGUUCCGCCGCCCACUGGAAAAGGCGAAGGCGGACGCAUACGUGUCGUCAUCUGGCCGAAGCUCCGCUGCUCCAAGCCUGGCUAACUCUCCCCGACCUCUACCUCAGCAGAUGGAUAUUGCCAUGAGAGAUGCGACCCCCAGUGCCGGUAGCAACAAUGGAAUCUCACAUGUGACAGCACCAACUAGCAUAAAUACUGUCGUCCCGCGCUCGAGUGGACCGCCAGUCAUUCACACUUCAGGGAAGUCGGCCCCUGCAGAUGGAAAGAAGCGGCCCCUGGACUCCCCCGAACCGAACCAGACCGUAACAAAGAAGAUUGCGAGCGACACUUCACGACCUGGAAGCCUUAUGGGCAAAUUUGGCCAGAGGCCCAGACCGAUUAAACCCCCAACUGAUCCUUCUGCCAUGUCUCUGCUGGGAAUGGUGCCCCCCGAACGACCUCCUCCGGUUAUCAAUUCUGCACCUCCACCGGUAUCGAGACCGAGUCCACCAGCUGGUCCUGCGGCAGCAAGUGGCAACCAGGCCAAUCCACAAGCGCCCCAUGCCCCGCGAAAGAAGAAGAAGCCGAAUCCGUUCCUUCCAAAACGGCGCUGA